CACUUAUGGGCGUUGUGAUAGACAAACUCCCAAAGGAAGUCAUUCCCACCAGUAAGGGUGAUAAACAUAUCAACGAGAUUGUGUUGGUCGAUGAAAAGCUGAAACCAAUAUCACUGACUCUUUGGGGAGAUUUUGCUGAUACUGAGGGAAGCGAAAUUGUCAACUUGCUGAAUGAGAACGAAUACCCCCUCAUAUCUAUUGAAAAUAUAGGUGUCACACCCUUCAAAGGUAUUUCAUUGUCCAAAAAACCCCAUUCUACAGUAACAAUCAAUCCUAUAUCUUCAAGAGCUCAACAAUUGCAAAAGUGGGCAGUUGAAAAUCGUCCUACUCUUGAUGCACUAAAGAUAUGCCGUGAAUA